UCCAAGAACGCUCUGAGUGUAGGGAGAGCAGCAAAGGCAAAGCAGACAUGAGGAAGCUACUGACACCAAUGAUCUUGACUCUGGCCCUGGCAGUGCACUGCUGCUGUGAGAAAGAUCCCAAAGAGCCCUCAGGAUCUCCCAGUGCUGCCAGCAUCACAGUUAAAAAGGAAGUUGCCAAUGCCUUUGUGAAGAGGCAGAAGAGAUUCGACAUGUAUGAAUGGUACUCUGAGUAUUACAAAAGCCCAAUGGAGCAGAUGCGUGAGCGUUGUGAAAGCUACCCUCCCUGUGACUAUCUGUCUGACCAAAUAGGAUUUCCCAUGGCCUACAACCGUUUCUUUGGGAGAUACUAAGGCUGGGAUUAUUAUUUGAUCACCUGACCAUUCUGAAAACCCUCAACAGAAAGAAUCUUGUGGAUAGGAAGAAGGGAAGAAGGACAUCCACACUGAGACCAUCUUCCACUGUCUCCCUCACCAGCUGAAACACAAAGGCUAUUCCGCUUGUCUGGAUUGCAUCAGCUUUCUUGCUUUCAUCAAAAAUGUUUAUUUUCUGGUGUCUUCUGUGGUAUUUUCAGUGCCACCAGAAAUGGUUGAGAAGACUCUGUGUUACCCGCUUCUUUUGUAAAUACUAUUACAUAGCUAGAAAUCACAUCCCAGCAUACUCUUCUUAUUAUUCUACCACAAAAUUUGCCCAUAUAAUAUCAACAUUUAAAUCCCCAGAAGAGUGUUUGAAGACCUUUUAGAUGAGCCCUUCCCAUCUGUGUGCUACAUUCAGUGACUGUGAAAAAUGAAUUAGAAAUCUCUUAUUGUUUUUAUUACAAUUGAUCUCUGGUGAAACUGAAUGUACCAAAGUAGAACAAAAAAAUCUGUCUCUCUAAUGCUUUAGCUUUUGUGCUUGAAAUUAAACAUGUCAGAUUGUCUCCCCCAAAGCAAAGAAAAUAAAGCAAUGAACUUUAUGAAAUAAAAAUAAAGAUGUUCAAUGGUGGAUUGAAGCUGGGACAGCAUUUUUUUCAUUCAGGGUGACUUGCCUUUAUAUAU